CUCGGCUGCGGCGAGUCGUUCGGGCAGGAGCAGCUGGAGCGCGUGAAGCAGGCGCUGAUGCCCAUCUGGAACUCCUUGCCGAAAACGGGCGACGGCCGCAUCGAGCGACGCCUGCUCCGGUAUGUGACCCACCGCUACUUCAUGAAGACGUCCUCCAUCAUGAUCCGCGGCUUCGAGCCGUCCCGCCCCUCGAACCAGUCGCUCGUGGGCGCGGCCGACAUCCUGAGCCAGCAGGUGCCCGCCGCCGUGGAGGCCGCGCUCGAGUCGAAGCACGCGCAGGAGCGGGGCUUCGACCUCACGGACGCGGCGCACAUGGUGGCGACGAUCGAGAAGCUCAUCGCCGAGUGGGACGCUGGGCUGCUGGAGAAGGUGUACCGCGACACGGGCAUGCCCAUGAACGAGCCGAUAGGCCGUGAGGGCCUGGAGAAGGUGUUGCAGGACUACACACUUUAUUGGAUGAUGGGCGACGACGUCGAGUCCAUUCAGUCCUUCAUCAGAGAUCGCAUCACCCUCAUGCACACUUUCCCGCACUGGCACGCUCUCCAGCAGUUCACGAACGGGCAGAUCAGGAGACCACGCUUAGGGGCGUAGAGAGG